AUGGCGUCGCUCCUCCCCACCCUGGCUGAGCAGGACCCGGAGCUGGCGAACAUGAUCGAGCUUGAGAUGAGUCGCCAGUUCCGCGGGUUGGAGAUGAUCGCCUCGGAGAACUUGACGUCGAAGGCGGUCCUGGAGUGCCUCGGUUCUGCCCUGACGAACAAGUACGCCGAGGGAGAGCCCGGCAACAGGUACUACGGCGGUACCGUGUACGUCGACAUGGUCGAGAACCUUGCCAAGAAGCGUGCCUUGGCAGCUUUUGGCCUCGACCCCGAGGUGUGGGGGGUUAAUGUGCAGCCCUACAGCGGGUCACCGGCAAACUUCGCCGCCUACACUGCCUUGCUAGAGCCUUACAGCCGCAUCAUGGGUCUUGACCUGCCCAGCGGCGGCCACCUCACACACGGCUUCUACACACCGAAGAAGAAGGUAAGCGCAACGUCAAUUUACUUCGAGUCUUUCCCCUACCGGGUCAAGGAGGACGGCCUGAUCGACUACGACACCCUCGAGUCCGUCGCGCUGGUGUUUCGACCCCAGAUGAUUAUCGCCGGCGCCUCGGCUUACGCGCGUGACUUUGACUACGAGCGGUUCCGUCACAUAUGUGAUGAGGUGGGCAGUCUUCUGUUGAUGGACAUGGCCCACACGGCUGGCCUGAUUGCCGGUGGCGCGCUCAAGUCCCCGUUUCCAUACGCAGAUGUGGUGACGACCACCACUCACAAGUCCCUGCGCGGGCCGCGUGCUGGCAUGAUUUUCUACCGCAAAAAGGACUUCCAGGGCAAGCCGACCGACUACGAGAACCGCAUCAACCAGGCUGUCUUCCCUGGAUGCCAGGGCGGGCCGCACGAGCAUCAAAUCGCCGCUAUCGCUACGCAGAUGCGGGAAGUGUGCACCCCGGAGUGGAAGGUGUACGCCAAGCAAGUGCAGUCCAACGCCCGCACGUUGGCAGCCGCGUUGAGCGCCAAGGGUCACAAGUUCGUCUCUGGUGGCACCGACAACCACCUGCUGCUAUGGAAUGUGAGGGUCCACGGCUUGACAGGCAGCAAAAUGGAGAAGCUGCUCGACGCCGUCUCCGUUUCCGUCAACAAGAACACCAUUCCUGGAGACAAGAGUGCCAUGACGCCUGGUGGCAUUCGUGUUGGCACGCUGUCGUUGACUUCUCGCGGGAUGGUGGAGGCAGACAUGCGGGUGAUCGCGGAGUUUCUCGACCGCGCCAUUGAGCUGGCCAAGCAAAUCCAGACGGAGGUGGGCUCGGCCAAGUUGAAUGACUUUGUCGAAGCCCUGCCAAAGUACUCCGGUGUGGCUGCCCUCCGCAGAGAUGUGGAGGCGUUUGCGACGACCUUUGCGAUCCCCACGUUUGACGUGGCGCGCAUCAAAUACCAGGGCGAUCCUCCCAAGGAGUUGUAG